UCUGCUGCGGCGCUCUGGAGAGGCAGAGACUCAGGCAGGGGCUGAAGUGCCACUUUCUCAGCAUUGUCAGUGCGGGCAGCAUCUUCUCCCAGCCCGGGUACAGUAACUGCUGCACGUCACAUAUCCUCCGGAUCGGGACAGGAGAUUCGGGUUUGCUCCAUCCAUGCGAUCCGAGCCCGAGUGAGAGCGCACCAUCCACCUGGAUAAGCGGCAUCAGCAUCAGCAUCAGUGCAGGGAGAACACGGACGCAAGCAUCGCCACGAGAAUAUGAUGCUCCAACGGCACUUGCUUUUUCUGCUCUACAGCUUCUGUGGGAUUGUCAUUAAAGAGGCGGCAACGAAAAACAAAGUGAAAGGCAGCCAGGCUCAGUUCCCCAUCACCCAGAAUGUGACGGUGGUCGAGGGCAGCACGGCUAACAUGACCUGCCGAGUGGAUUAUAAUGAUAACACCUCCCUCCAGUGGUCAAAUCCAGCACAACAGACCCUCUUCUUCGGGGACAAGAAAGCGUUAAGGGAUAACCGGAUCGAACUGGUUCGAGCCUCUUGGAAGGAGCUGACCAUCAGCAUCAGUGACGUUACUCUGUCAGAUGAAGGACAGUAUACAUGCUCGCUCUUCACUAUGCCUGUCAAGACUUCCAAGGCCUUCCUGACUGUGUUAGGUGUUCCAGCGAAACCAGAAAUCACAGGCCUCUCGAAACCUGCCCAGGAGGGGGAGGACGUCACACUGACAUGCACCACAUCUGGCAGCAAACCGGCUGCUGACAUCCGAUGGUUCAGAAACGACAAGGAGGUGCAAGGUCAGAAGGAGGUAAACGCCACUGGGAGGUCAUUCACGGUCAGGAGCACUAUACACCUCAAGGUGGACAGGACAGAUGAUGGAGCAGCGUACACCUGCGUGGUAGAGCACAUAGCUCUGGGCUCCUUGCCGCACCAGGUUACAGAAGUGCUGGAGGUCCACUAUCCUCCUCAGGUAGAGAUUGUGCGCUCAGUAAUAGUACCUCAGGAAGGACAAUACUUCAAACUGGAGUGUGUAUCCAAAGGCAACCCACUGCCUGAGCCAGUUUUAUGGACAAAAGAUGGAGGUGAGCUUCCCGAUGUUGAACGAAUGAUUGUGGAGGGUAGAGAUCUAAUCAUAACCACACUGAACAAAACAGACAACGGCACAUAUCGCUGUGAGGCCAGCAACCACCUUGGCACCAACAGGGAUGAAUUUACACUGUAUGUGUACGAUCCCAACGCUCUGACGCAGCCGGGCCCCGACCACGCGCUCAUCGGCGGAGUGGUGGCCGUGGUCGUCUUCAUCACCCUGUGUUUCAUCAUCGUCCUGGGCCGAUAUCUGGCCAGGCACAAAGGGACAUACUUAACCAAUGAGGCCAAAGGAGCGGAGGACGCCCCUGACGCAGACACUGCCAUCAUCAAUGCGGAGGGGAACCACGCACAUGCAGAGGAAAAGAAAGAGUACUUCAUUUAGCACCUCUGUUUUUUCUGUUCAGUAUUUUCACGGCAACACUGCGAGCCAGCAGAGGAGGCGUUAUAGCGCUCCGCUCCCUCACAGCACUAGUCUGGUCUGGCUUUUCUCUCUCUUUGUCUCCUCGACUCGCGAGUCGCGAACCUCUUUAUGGCCAAAUUCGACACGCCACCUGCUGCAAAAGAAUGUUGCCUUUCGUUAAACCAAUCCUAAUCGACCAAAAAACAACCAAACAAAAAAACACUUCGAAAAAAAAAAUCAGUUGAGUUUGUAACUGUAACACCAGGUCCAUUUAGGCCAAAAAACCCUAUCCCACCCUUCCAAAAUGACCCCCCGUUUGAUUUGCCAAGUGCCAAAAUAUACAGACAUGUGCUUGUCAUGUUUGUUGCUGUGUUUAUUCAUUUAAUUUCCCAGUGAAUACUGAUUUCUCAACCACCCUCACUGUGCCUGUUAUAUACCUUUUUACAGAUAUUACCAGGGAGCGGCAAGAAAUGUGGUUCAUCUCAAGUCGGAAAACCUUGGCUUUGCCAAUAAUUACGCUUUAAGACAAGAAUAUGUGAGAUGUAUAAUGUAAAUAUCAUGUACUGUCUUUGUUUUUGUGUGCGUGUCUGUUGUUUUCCAUUGUGAAAGUGGGUGUUUGGUUUUUCUUUUUUUUUGAACUACGCCCUGUAAUAAAGAACAGUGUGGACAAUUAUGUAACGUACGGACACCCGAAACAAGCCGGCAGAUUGAAAAUGGCAGGAACUCGAUGAAGCACAAAUGAGAAUUGGUGUGUAACCAUUAGAAGCGAGAUUAUUUUCUAUUUCCAUCAUACCUGUCUGUAUAUUCUUGCACUGUUAAUAUUUUCUCCCCACCCCCGAGCGUUUAUUUCAACCCUGAAAAUGUAUCAAACGUAAGCACAAAGUCAUUGUAAAAUGUCAUUGGUUUAGACAGUCUCAGGAUGAAAAGAAGAGCCUAAUUGAAUUUGUCUUUUAUCACCAGAGUGAAUGAAUUUUUGUUCUCGCUUUGUGAACUGAUCUGAACGGCCAUUUGUUCGACGUCUGAAUGGAAGUUCGCCAUUGUUUCAUUUCGAUUCGUUGACCGACCCUUGUUAAUAUUGCUGUAUAUUACUUUGCUAAAGUGAUUAUUGGUGGAAUAUUGUUCAACUAUAGGAUCCCAUAUAUAUAUAUAUAUAUGAGAAAACAAAUGUCAAAAUAUCUAUUUCGAGUGUCCCAUAUUUUUAGUUCCUAUUAGUGAAGAAAAUAUUUGUUUGUUUGUUUGUUUUGUCCCAACCCAGGGAAUGUAUAUAAUGUGUAUACUUCAGCAUUUAGUAAGCUGUUUAUUUAAUUGAAUUUGAAUUCUUUAUUGCUCUGUUUUAUGCUACAUGUGUGCGAUUCCAUUUUAGCCUCUCUAUACUAAGUACGUCCCGACAGAUACUUGUCAUUAAUACUAAUUUAUUGGGUAAAUCUGAUGGACGAACACAAUACAUUACUAUUAGUGCUUUUUCGAAGCUUGUGAACAGAUCGUUUGUUCAUGAGAAGUUCAGAACAACAAUCACCAUUAUUGCCUUUGUGUUUGCAACGGAACAUAACGACCACGCAUUGAAGUUCUGGAGAAGCGUAAUCUUCAAUGUACGUUUUUACGAAAAACAUGUUUCCAGUGUUCAUACUUUAUUUCACUCUUUAUAACAUCAACUAGAACGAAGACAUUUUUCUAAGAACUUUUGAUUUGCUUUAUUGGUUUUUGCUGUAUGGGAAAAUGUGUGAGGUUGCUUUUACAUUAAAUAUCCGACUUUUUCAAACUAUGCCUCUGUAAGAAAAGAAAAAAUAACUCAGAGUACUGAGUAAAAUAUGCACAAACUCA